UGUCGCUGUCACUUGUGAAUUUGUGAGGUUAUUUCUGACAAAGGAAAAAUAUAUUAAAAAGAAGAGUUUUCAAACUGCCUGAAUAAUGGCACAGGGUCAUCUACACCUGUUAGAACUUCUGCGGCAGAAUGAGAUCUUGGGACAUCUCACGAUUUCUACCUUACAAACGGUUGAAACCUGUGAAUCUAUUAUGGAUACUGAACGACGACGAUGGGGCGUACGACCAGUAAAUAGAAAGCGAAACAUUUUCGGUCAUUUCUGCCAUUUUUAUCGAGAGCUACGGCACUUCGAUGAUGAGCUCUUCUUCAAGUUCUAUCGAAUGUCUUAUGAAGAAUUCAGUUUCAUUCUCUCAAAGAUUGGACCUUCUCUGCAGAAGUUUUCUCACAGGGAAAGUAUCAGCCCGGAACAACGGCUCGUAAUCUGUUUGAGAUAUCUUGCAAGUGGGGACUCCAUAAGUACCCUGCAUGCAAUGUUCAGGAUAGGAGAAUCUACGGCGAGGAAAAUUAUCAAGGAAGUUUGUAAAGCCUUGCAAGCAAUCCUAGGACCUUGUUUUCUGAAGACACCUCAAAGAGAGUCAGAGUGGAGAAAUAUAGCCAUAGACUUUCAAUCAAAAACCAAAUUCCCAAAUGUAAUAGGAUGUAUUGAUGGGAAGCACAUAGAAAUAUUUGCACCACCAAAUUCUGGUACUAAAUUCUGGAAUUAUAAAAGGACUUACAGCAUUGUACUUCUUGCAGUGUGUGAUGCAAAUUAUUCCUUUAUUUAUACACAUGCUGGUUCAUUUGGAAGUGAAAGUGAUGGAGGAAUUUUCCAAAGUUGCAGUCUCUCUAAGGCCUUGGAAACUAAUUCUUUAAAUUUGCCAUCUCCCAAACCUAUUAAUGAAGAAUUUAACCGUGCGGUUCCACAUGUCCUUUUGGGAGACGAGGCUUUUCCAAAGAAAAAAUAUUUGAUGACCCCAUACAGCGGAAGAUAUUUGGAAAAUGACAAAUAUCUGUACAACCUAGAGUUUUCCAGAUGCCGUCGUUUAAUUGAGAAUACAUUUGGAAUAUACACGACAAGGUGGAGAAUUUUUCACCAUAAGAUUCACUGCUUUCCUGAACACGUGGAUGAAAUUGUUGGAGCCACACUAAUUCUGCACAAUUAUUUAAGUUCAGUUUCUCGACAGUAUUUGGGGUUGGGCUCGAGAGAUUGGCAAGAUGAGGAUCAUUUGACUCGGUGGGAACCGCUUCCAGAACGCUUUUCAUUUGGAGCAAGAAAUGCCAUUGAAGAAGCUUCCCUUAUCAGAGAUUAUAUUAAAGAUUAUAUAGCACAUAUAAAUUAAACAUGAUUGUGGAGAAGAAAUAAAUCUUAUUCUGAAACGGUUCUUUAUUUAUUUUAUUUUAUUUUAUUUAAUAAAUUUAA